AUGCGCUUUGCAACCAUCAACUGGGCCCUAACAUUCUCUGGGACCACGGCCGCAGUCCGCAACCCCAACGCUUUCCAAGCGGAGGACAUCAUCGGCCGCGAUGUUGUGAUUCUUGGGGGCGGCGCAACAGGGACUUAUGCGGCGGUGCAGCUUCGUCGCCAGGGCCACACUGUUGCCCUAGUCGAACAGAACAGCCGCCUGGAAGGUCGCGCCCCAACCGUCUACCUACCCAAAGUCGGAUACAUCACCUAUGGCGUCGAAGGAUACUUCAACAACGGGAUGACCAAGGAGUUCUUCGCGCUGCUCGACGUCGACUACGAGUCACUUCUUCCCGGCUCUUGGGCCUCGAAGCACAUCGACUCCCGUUCGGGCAAGCGCAUAUGGCCAGGCAGCGACAUCCUCACAACCGCCGUCGCCGCCGUGCGGUACCGCACUGCCAUCGGAGAGUUCGACUACCUCGCUACGGGCGCGUACUGCCUUCCAGGACGAGGUCCCCGAAGUGCUCCUCCGCCCGUUCCGCGAAUUUGUCGUGAAGCACAACCUCCAAGGCGCUAUCGACUGAUCUUCACCUUCGCCCAGAACGUCGGGAACAUUCUUGACACGCCCCUCCUCUGUGUGAUCAUGGACUUUAGCAUUUCGCAGAUCGACGCUCCACUGGAGGGUAGCUACAUCAGGCCCAAGAACGGCACCAAUGCCAAUACCAUCUUGUACAACUCCACAGCCGCGCAGAUAACCCGCGACCCGAGCGACGUCCAAGCUAUGAAGCUCCUCGUGGCGUACCACCCCACCCUCCCCAAGCUCACGGGCUUUGACCUCGGGGUCGAAGAAACUGCCCUGUUCUCCAAAUGGACGUACAAGAGCUACUACGCCGCCGCACUCAGAGUCCCCUCCCUGCCCGACGGGUUCAACCUCCUCAACACAUACCCCGAGAAUCAGCCGGGCGGCACCCCAACGACCCCUUUUCAAUGGGCGCUCGAGUACUCCGGCGCUAACUUCACUGAGGCGGAAGCGCGGCAGAUGCUCGUCACGUUUGUGUCGCAUUCGCCCGAGACGCUGAUGGUUCACGUGGAUGAGAUGCGAGAGGGAUUCUACAAUAAGCCUUAUGGCUUGCAGGACUACUCGACCGUGUUGUGGAAUUAUACGGUAAGUAUCAUAAAUAUGAUGGGGCUGUAG